AUGGGUGAGCUGGGAAACGCAACCAAUGUUGCAGGCGAUGAUUCCAGAGCAGAGCAGCCCGGGCGGCAGAAGGAGUCGGUUGGAGGGAAAGAUGAGCUCCCACCACCGCCACUUUCUGCUUCCGAUGUGAAAGAUGAUGAUCUCGGCGAGGUUGAACAACGAAUCGCGGCCGCGGGUGAAGCAAAGUACAAUCGCUUAUCCUGGAAGCAACUCACAUUACUGCUGAUCGUGGACGCCGUGGCCCUGGGUGCCUUAUCGAUCCCCCACGCAUUUGCGACUUUGGGCAUGAUUGCCGGUGUCGUGUGCUGCGUGGGUAUAGGACUGAUCGCAGUUUACACCUCGUGGAUCAUCGGCAAGGUGAAGCUGGCCUUCCCUUCUGUGCAACAUUACGGAGAUGCCGGCGGCUUGCUACUCGGUCGAUUCGGCUAUGAACUCUUCUCUGCAGUCUUUGUGAUUCAACUGAUCUUCGUGGUGGGCUCACAUUGCCUCACUGGUACGAUUGCAUUUGCGAAUAUCACCGAGAGCUCUGUUUGUUCACUUGUUUUUGGCAUUGUCUCGAUGAUCAUCCUCUUCCUGUUAUCAAUCCCUUCCUCCUUUGCCGACAUCACCUUCCUCGGAUACAUUGACUUUGUCUCUAUUCUUGGAGCUAUCGGCAUCACAAUGAUCGCCACGGGUAUUCAAAGCAGCAACGCUCCAGGAGGUCUCUCGGCCGUUCCUUGGUCUGCCUACCCUAAAGAAGAUGUGACGUUCACAGAGGCCUACGUCGCUAUUGGUGACAUCGUCUUUGCAUACUCUUUCGCAGCGUGCCAAUUCUCUUUCAUGGGAGAGAUGCACACCCCUGAGGAUUACACCAAAUCUAUCUGGGUACUGGGUUCAAUUGAGAUUCUCAUCUACACUCUCACCGGGGCUAUUAUCUAUGCAUUCGUGGGGCCUACCGUUGAGUCGCCAGCCCUUUUAUCAGCAGGCACCACCGUCAGUCGAAUUGCAUUCGGUGUAGCCUUGCCCGUCAUCUUCAUUUCAGGCUCGAUCAAUUGUAUCGUCGUGGGCCGUUUGGUUCAUGCUCGAGUUUACAAGAACAGCGUGAUUCGAUACAUCAACACCGCCCGCGGCUGGAUGACAUGGAUUCUCUUCGUGGCUGUGAUCACCCUCAUUGCCUGGGUUAUUGCAGAAGCCAUUCCGUUCUUCACGGACCUUUUGUCGAUCAUCUCGGCCCUCUUCACAUCCGGCUUCUCGUUCUACCUGCCGCCCAUCAUGUGGCUCUUCCUGCUUUGCAAAGGGAAAUGGUACUCGAGGGAAAAUUUGCCCUUUGCGAUCAUCAACUUCUUGGUCUUCCUGAUGGGGCUCGCGGUCUUGGUCUGUGGCCUUUACUCGAGUAUCGAUGAUAUUCGCAACACCUACCGCAUAGGAAGAGUCAGGAGUCCUUUCAGUUGUGCGCAAACGUGA